AUGCUGUUGCGGAUAGACAACGGUAUCGGUAUAAAUCACACUGCACAGAAUGAGGAUGUUUCUAGGAGAACGUGCAUUCAGUCACCUGCAGCCGUCCGAACAGCUGCAGGUCCUGUGGUUACAGGGCAGCCGAACAAGUCGUUGGUGCGAGGUCGGAGCAGUGGCAACCUGAUGCUCAAGGAGUGGAGGGCAGCGACGGUUGCACAGCGCUGCGUGCAGUGGCUUGCAUAUGUAGCUCCUCGUUGGCGAUGCGUGUGCGACCAAGAGCUCUCGGCACAGGCAGGUCAUGUCACAGAUGAUGUCGGUGUUUCUACUCCAACUAAAGAAGGAAUUAUGCAAGGAAACGGAGCACGAUGCGUUGUAGGGUUUCCUCCAUGCAAAGAUAACAAGUGCUACUACUGCAUUGGGGGACGAACUCAUGCUCGCUACUCUACGAUGGCUGAGUGUAGUCAUGCCUGCUUCUAAACAAAAAUUAAGAUCGCUGUUAUUAUAUACAUUGUAAUGGUAGGUAAUGCUAUUAAUAAUAUAUGGGAAUUUUAGUUUUGGUAUUA